AGGCUAGCUGCUUGGAGCCCGAGCUGGAGCGCACUCUGCGCAGGGUACUGGGGUCCCAGGGGGCCGGCGCUGGGACAGCAGGGCCCUGGAGCGCGGCGUGCUGAUGUACCCCGUCCUGGAGCAGCCUUGCGGGACCUGAACAGCAAGGUAGGUGAAUGUCCCUUCCCUGUGGGCCAGCUUUUUCUCUCACUGUCUUAGUCCCCCACCUUUCUGGAAACUUCAACUCCCAACCCCUAGCUGGGCUUUAUCAGGAGAGCUCCUUCUCUGUUUCAUUGUUUCUUUUUCCUCUUUCCCCAUUCUGUGCCCCUCACCUCCUCUUUUCUCUUUUCUGAAGACCUGGACCCCAGUACUAACUUUACAGCUUCCUAGCUGUGUGAUUUAUGGCAAAUUGCUUAACCUCUCUGAAUUUCUGGUCCCUCACUAGUAAAAUAAGGAUGAUGGUAAUAAUGCUUCCCUUAUAAUGCUGCUGAGUACAGAAUGUGUUGGAGAAAAAGCCCUUUGGAAGUCUGCAAAUGUAAUUGUUAAGAAUGCAUUAAUUGAUUUCAUUGUACUACUUCCUCUAACCAAGCAGGCCUUGUUCCCCCUUCCAGAGAUGAGCUUUCUAGAGCAAGGUGAUGGCCUCUUGUGGCCGUCACCAGCCAUGAGCGCCAGCUCAGAAAGAAUCUGUGGGAAACCUGGGGCCAAAACAUCGUUGAGGACGAAGCAAGAGGCUGCAGAGGAGGGGGAGCCGCCAGGUCUGGGGGAAGGUGCCCAGUCCAGGCCGGCUGCUGAGUCCACCGGGCUAGAGGCCACAUUCCCCAAGGCCACGCCCUUGGCCCAAGAUGUUCCCUUGGCCAGGACAGGGACCCCACCCACAGGGUGGGACCUCCUCCCUGCUAACUGUGCAGCCUCCACCGUGGGCUCCAGCACAGAUGAUCUGGAGUUCCCCAUGGAGUUUCCAGCCCCAGAAGCCUGGGACUGGGACCUCAAAGAUCUGGAGGAAGACAGCCCUGCCCCGAGCCCACCCCCACAGGUCCCUUUACUCAGCCUCGGCUGGGAUGACGAGUUGCAGAAGCCGGGGGCACAGGUCUACAUGCACUUCAUGCAGGAGCACACCUGCUAUGAUGCCAUGGCGACCAGCUCCAAACUGGUCAUCUUCGACACCAUGCUGGAGAUCAAGAAGGCCUUCUUUGCCCUGGUGGCCAAUGGCGUUCGGGCAGCACCUCUAUGGGACAGCAAGAAGCAGAGUUUUGUGGGGAUGCUCACCAUCACAGACUUCAUCCUGGUGCUGCACCGAUACUACAGAUCCCCCCUGGUCCAGAUCUAUGAGAUUGAGCAACAUAAGAUAGAGACCUGGAGGGAGAUCUACCUUCAAGGCUGCUUCAAGCCUCUGGUCUCCAUCUCUCCCAGUGAUAGCCUGUUCGAAGCUGUCUAUGCUCUCAUCAAGAACCGGAUCCAUCGCCUGCCGGUGCUGGACCCAGUGUCAGGCACAGUGCUCUACAUCCUCACACACAAGCGGCUGCUCAAAUUCCUGCACAUCUUUGGGACCCUGAUACCCCGGCCCUCCUUCCUCUGCCGCACUAUCCAAGAUUUGGGCAUCGGCACAUUCCGAGAUUUGGCCGUGGUGCUAGAGACAGCGCCCGUUCUGACCGCACUGGACAUCUUUGUGGAUCGGCGAGUGUCGGCACUGCCUGUAGUCAAUGAAUCUGGUCAGGUUGUGGGCCUCUAUUCCCGCUUUGAUGUGAUUCAUCUGGCUGCCCAGAAAACCUACAACCACCUAGACAUGAGUGUAGGAGAAGCCCUGAGGCAGAGGACACUGUGUCUUGAGGGAGUGCUUUCCUGCCAGCCCCACGAGACCCUGGGGGAAGUGAUUGACAGAAUUGCUAGUGAGCAGGUGCACCGGCUGGUGUUAGUGGAUGAAACCCAGCAUCUCCUGGGCGUGGUAUCACUCUCGGACAUCCUUCAGGCACUGGUGCUCAGCCCUGCUGGCAUCGACGCCCUCAGUGCCUGAGAAUACCCAAGUCCUCACUCCCAGGCCACCCUCCACACUUGGAAGUCAAUGAAGGGAGCCGAGGGACUUAGCCUUCACCUUCCUCACCCCUGGUUGCUGGUUCAGCUCUGGUUCAGGCUUCUCCAGCCCUUCCCAGUCACCCUUGUCCAGCCUGUUGUCCAGAAGCCCUCGGACACACCCAGUUCACCAUGGGAUGACGACAUUAAGGACAGCACUGAGUCACGCCUGGAGGUGCUUGACCCAGAGGCACUGGGAUUACCCUGGGGCCACCCAUGCCCCACACCCACUCGUAUACCCUACCCCUAACCUGGGGUGAGACUGGUCGCUGGGGCACAGCAAGCCUGAAGCCCAUAGCUACAGUCAUGGGCUCUAGAUCUCUCCUCUUCUGGAUGAUGUUCAGCUCAUACCCUAGCCCUGGGAGUCCCAGCUGUUCCUUCCCUCUGGGAACCACUGUGGUGGCACUGCCCUCCUACUCUCCUGGCAUGGUCAUUUCCGGGAUGCUGGGGUUCACUCUUUCCAGAGUUGCCUGGUGGAGCAGGAUCCUCUCUCCACUAUUGUCCAGAAAACCCUUUAGCUCUUGCCAGUGGACAGCGUUCUUUCUUCCCAGUGACCGUGGCCUUGUACUCAGAUCUCUGAGAAUGAGCAGUCAACAAAACAAAAACGAAAAGAAUAAGCCGCGCACUUGGAUUUGACCUCACUCAAAAUGCUAGACAUUUAACCUGAACUCGUGCAAGAUCUCUGUGCUUUGUGAAUUCAAAGACAUGAAGGAGACCCCACAGUUGGCAAAACAGCAAGUGGCUUUUCUUUGGCACAUAGAACAGUAUUCCGCUGACUUUUAAAAUCUUUUAUUUAUAACAAAACUGUAAAGAAAAUAUUUAUGAACUAAGUACUUGUAUAGUACAUAAAGUCCGGUCUAUGAACUCCAAUCUGCAAAAAAAAACACCAUUAUUUUUCUCACACUGAAUGAAAUUUCUAUUGUGAAUCCCAUUGCACCAAGUGGAAGAAAUUAACUUCAGUCCAUGGAGAGUCUCUUCCUCAUCUUUACCUGGGGCUGUUUGUGGGGGAAGCUUUAAGUAAUGUAAAGCUCUGUCGGUCAGUCAUCAGCUCCCAUCUAUGCCAGCACCUGCUAAAAACUCCCCAUUCUCAUCGCAUUAUCAGGUGGCGGUCACUGAUGUGCUCAGUCACCACCAUGUGGCCCUCACUCCCAGAGCCCCUUUGGUCCUACCUGUGCUCGGGACAUGCAGUUCAUUGUGCUUCUUGGUCCCACACCCCUCUCGGCUUUAGGAAGCCCCAUCAGGCUGUUACAGUGGGCAGCACAUUCUACUCUGUGCUCCACUGUUUUCCCAGGCUUUACCCAGGAACUUGGGGCCCAGGACUCUUCUACCCUUGACACUCCAAAUCUGUAUGGGGAACUUGUCAUGCAUAUCCCCACCCUUCAGGCUGGUCCCCCUUCACAAGGGCUCAGAUGUGUCUACAGAAGGGUCUCUUUGUUCCCCUGCCUACCCCAGCCCAUGAAAUCUUUGCUAGUGGGGACGAGGGCCCUUUGUUCUCUGUCCCUGAAGUAUUCUGCCAAGUCCACUCUGUGUCCUGAGCCAGUGCCACCCUACUGGAUGACUGGGCUUUUGAGGUUCCAAAGCCAAGACUCGGCUUUGGAAUUCGGCUUUCUGUCACCCUCCCCCGUGGCAAUGGGCAUUGCAGGUCCAGCUGUCCAGUGUGGGUAGGUUACUAUUUCUAAAAUGUGAUCCUGACCCCAUUACCUUCCUAAGCGUCAGAGUCAGACACUUGUGCUUGACUGUCAGGCAGUACAUGAGGUAUUUUCUCACCAACCACUUUGCCAGAAUGCAAGGGUCAGUGCUGGCUCUGCUCUGUCCUACCCAGGAAGGUGCCGGCUUUGGAGCUAAAUAGGAGGAUGAAAUGGGGUGAUCGCUGGGUCCCGGCCAAGGAGGUUCUCUCAAGUGCUCUAAGGGAGCCUAAGGCAGGCUGGCUCCAAUGAUGGCUGCCUUUGGACAAGCAUAACAGGUCAAUCCCUUGACUCUGUGCCUCUGGGUAGAGACCCGCAGUGGUAACGGCAAGGCUAAAGACAGCACCUAGGUCUCUUUGCACCUUCCUGAGAGCACAUGCGGCUCUGCGUGUCUGGGCUCGCUGUCCCAAGGACCCAGCAGAUCUCCCCCUUGGGUAUGUCUGUGAAGGACUACCCCACCCCACCGUCUCAGAUCCCAUCCAGCCCAAACCUUCACGGAUGCCAGGAAAGAACUUUAGCAUGGGCUGCGACUGCUUCCACCCUAGCGCAGAAUGAAAGAAGUGUGCUUGUGUGCAGCCUGCCCUGCUAUCUCCUCCUUCCUGCAUAUGAACCUGGGGCUGCCCUCAGCUCCUCCUCAGCGCCCCACCCGCUACAUCCCUGGGUUUCUGUGGCCUCCAAGCUGGACUCCUGAUUCUCCUUUGCUUUCCUGUCUUCCUCACAACUGUCUCAGUGCUCUUAACUCCAGAUGUGCUCCAGGAUGACCAAGAAAGCCUUAUAAAAGGUGCAGAGCCCAAGGCUCAUCUUAGAGAUACUCAUUUCCUGCUUUGGGGGUGGAGUCUGAGCAACUGUAUUUAUUUUCCAUAAAAAUUGGAUAUUUUGUGAUGCGUUGUGGCUGUACUGGGACAUAAGUAUGAGUGGCUCAUUCUCGUAGUAAAAUCAUUUGUCACA